AUGCGCCAAUAUAUCCGACGAAAGAGUCUGCAGCUGCUUCCUUGUCUUGACCGUCGCCCUCGCUGUGGACAAUCCAGACAACAACGUCGCAACAGCAAUGAGAAUCAAAGUGGUACCAGAGAGCAAAAUAUUGAACUUCCUCAACAGCCAUUGCCUCCUUCUGGACCCGCUACUGACGAAUCCAACACAGAUACCCCACAGCCCGUUCAAAAUGAGAAUAACCCUUCUGCUGACCUAGAGAUUUUGCCAGAAGCCCCGGCUGCUACCCACCCAAAGCAAUCUCCUGAAGGCUCCUCAGACGGUCAAUCCGAAGUUUCAUUCAUUUCUAGCGCUAGACGUCGUCUAGGGCAUUUUGUCCUUACUGAAACUCCUGAAGCCGCAGCAGAUCCACAACCUAGACCCUCGACUCAACGCAUUACUAGAAGUCGAUCAAAGACACCUAGCGGAGAUGCGGCAUCUAGGUCCCCUAUUCGCAAACAGCGUGGACGCCGCACCAUAUCACCAGCACCAGGACCAGAAUCCCGGACAAAAAGGCCAGGCGAAGAAAGCCCUGAAGAGGAUGAAGCCACGCGUACUGCCAAAUUACGCCGGAAAGGAACUAACUACCAGAACUGGAUAGACCGAGCAAAUGAUGCCGACUGCCAAAUCCCAUGUCCCAUCCAGCGGUCAACACUUACAUGGAAUGAUAUUGCGAGAAACCCUGAUGAGGCUCGGCGAUGGGAUAUAGGGAAGGAUAAAAAGGUAGGCCCCAACCAGGUGGCGAUGAAGGACCAAGUCCGACCACCGGCUCUAACAUCCGGAGAGAAUGACUAUCGCAAAACCCAGAUUUCCCGUUUGGAGAAUGCAGGGUAUAACAUGCAUACGCACCGGAUGGGUCGCGGCGUCAUUUUCGCGGAGUUUUGUCAGAGGCCGGUAGGUAGUGUUAAUCCUCAUUGGUCUGAGAUUGCCCUGGCUCAGUACCAGCGUGACUAUGAUAUUGAUACUCUGAGGUAUGUUUAUGUUGUGGACUGCGAGAAUACGGAGACGUUGGGACAUAUGCGGGACGUGCUUUUUCCUAGACUCGGUUAUUCGAAGGAUAGUCAGGAGGUUCUGACUUGGGAGUAUAAUACUGAGGGUUAUAAGGAGAUUAUGGGUGUUGUUUGGGGGAAAGGCGUUGGUGCGCUUGUACUUGGGGCUUGGGACAGAGGGACACAUCGUAUUGCGAGGAUUCUUACUUGGCAGUCUAGGGGGAAUUGGCACAUGAGGUUUGAUAUUGAGGUACUUCGGAAUAGCCCUAGGUAUGAUCUUCGUUCCCUUCCCAGCAAGCCGUGA